UCUUCUCACCUACACGAGACAUCGUUAAAUUUCUGAUACUUCAUAAAUUAAUUUGCAGAAAAACAGUUUAAAAAAACUGGAACUCUAAGUGACACUAAAAUAAAACUAUUUAUAUACAUCAAGAAUAAUUCAAACUAAGUAGAAGCGGAAGUGAUAAGUGCGUAGGAAAAAGUAGGCGAUAAAGCGCAGUGAGGGUGCGCAGUAACUUUAGCGUAGCCCUAUAAAGGGAUGGGCAUAGUCACUCGCCCCAUUCACAAGUUCUCAGCUGUCGACGUCACAGGCGUACCUGGUACAGUGAAGAAUAGAACUGGAUAUAGUGAAGUGACACUUAAGUGAGAAUUACCCAUGAUGAGAGCGGUUCUCUGUUUAGUCGUGAUUGCCUUGGCCUGUGACGGUAUUAGCAGUCUGCUGUUGUCGGGCAGGGAGUAUGGUAGACUUAGAAAUACAGCACCAGCUAUCUCCUGGUACUCAAGAAUAAGGCGCUUGUCACGACCGACACAUCGGAUCAUUGAUCCCACAGAAGAUUGUUUUCUAGUGACGUCGGAGGAAGGGGAGUUAUUCUUCAAGUCUCCAUCGGAUGAGCCUUCCGUUUGCGGGAUAUACAUGAUAGCGGAGCCAGACAAGCGGAUCCAGGUGACAUUCAACUACCUUGAUGUGCCGUGCGACAAUGGGGGUCUUGUUGCGUGGAUUGACGGCUGGGAACUGAACGGGCAAGUUUGGCCAGCAGACGCCUGGGACGACGACAGGGUAAUAGAGUCUUGUGACCGCAGACCCCAGAGGAAACUGGUGUCUCGACAGAACGCAGCUCUAAUCCAGUAUCGAGUGCCCGCCCAGGGAAAAGGCUUUGCUGUUACUAUACGCCAUUUGAAGAACGCUAGACCCUGUAACGUGAUGUUGUUUGGAGCUGAAGGCGUGUAUACACUGCGAAACCACGGUGAAACCAGCAACUGUUCCGUAAUUGGGGUGUCCCCAGCCGUCGUCCGUAUUAUAGACCUGAAUGUGGGCCAGGCUGUGAAGAACCGCAACCCGCUGGAAAUCGAGACUGGGACGAUCCAUCACUGUACAAAACGAGGCUUGCCUGAUUACGUGGAAAUUGGCGGCGCCAGCGGGUUGGACCACACGAAAAUGGAAGUACUGGACACUGUGUGCGGACUUGACUCUAAUGAAGGUCGGCGCCCUGCUUUCAUUGCAUGUGAAGAUACCGUGGCGAGGCUAAUCUCAAGUGGGAGAUUCUAUAACUCGGUCACCCUGGCAUUCGCACCCCUACCCUUGGAGGAUAUUGAGCAUGCUGAUUUGAUUUGUGGAAUGAACGACUUGUAAAUUGACUACACGCCAGUUCUUUGAAAGCAAUGUUUGUAUAGCUUUUACGCCAUCUUAAAAUGUUUUAUCGAUUUUUGAUGCAGAGGUGUUGUUAAAAUUGUUUUUUGAAAAGGGAGUUUUAUUCUUAUUAUCCAUGGUUUAAAAUUGAUUGCCAUAAUUUUUGUUUUUUUAAUUUUGACGGCUAAAUUAGCAGUUUUUAUUUUGUAAGUAAACAGUAAGGAAUAUUUGAAUAAAUUAUUGUUAUAAGUAUUUUAUGAUAAUUAUGUUACUCUGAGUAAAUUCUUCAUAAAGAUAUAUUAAAAUGGUCAAUGUGUAGUAAACUUUAUAUCAAAAUAUUUCAUGAUGUGUGUAAUAAAUACAAUAUAAGAUGAUUAUGUAUUACAUCCAGUAUUAAUAUGUCAACAAUUAGGAAAUAUAGCGAUAAGUUGUGUCGUCAAUAUUUUAAUCUAGUCAUAAACGAAGGCAAAAAAACGUUAGAUAAAGUCUAACAU